AUGGCUGGCUCGAGGAGAGCACGUGGCUCUUUGGUGGUUACAACGAUAGCCUUGUUCGGAUGUCUCUUCGCAAUCUCAAUUGCAAAGGAGGAAGCCACGAAAUUGGGGACGGUCAUUGGAAUCGAUCUCGGUACAACUUAUUCUUGUGUUGGUGUUUACAAGAACGGUCAUGUUGAAAUCAUAGCCAAUGACCAAGGUAACCGUAUUACACCAUCUUGGGUGGCUUUCACCGACAGCGAGAGGCUGAUUGGUGAGGCUGCAAAGAACCAGGCAGCUGUUAACGCAGAGAGAACCAUCUUUGAUGUCAAGAGACUUAUAGGAAGAAAGUUUGAUGAUAAGGAGGUCCAGAAGGAUAUGAAACUUGUUCCAUAUAAGAUUGUGAAUAAGGAUGGAAAGCCUUAUAUUCAAGUAAAAAUUAAGGAUGGAGAGACCAAGGUCUUCAGCCCUGAGGAGAUCAGUGCUAUGGUUCUAACUAAGAUGAAGGAAACAGCUGAGGCUUUCCUCGGGAAGAAAAUUAAGGAUGCAGUGGUCACUGUUCCUGCGUACUUCAAUGAUGCCCAGAGGCAGGCCACCAAGGAUGCUGGCAUUAUUGCCGGGCUCAAUGUCGCAAGGAUUAUCAACGAACCAACUGCAGCUGCCAUCGCCUAUGGUUUGGACAAGAAGGGCGGUGAGAAAAACAUUCUUGUCUUUGACCUUGGUGGUGGAACAUUUGAUGUCAGUAUCCUGACAAUUGACAAUGGUGUAUUCGAGGUUCUUUCCACAAAUGGAGACACUCAUUUGGGAGGUGAGGAUUUUGAUCAGAGGAUUAUGGAAUACUUCAUUAAGCUGAUUAAGAAAAAGCAUGGAAAGGACAUCAGCAAGGAUAACAGGGCCCUUGGGAAGCUCAGGAGGGAAGCUGAGCGUGCCAAGAGAGCUCUCAGUAGCCAGCACCAGGUCCGCGUGGAAAUUGAAUCACUUUUUGACGGUAUUGAUUUCUCUGAGCCACUGACCAGGGCUCGCUUUGAGGAAUUGAACAACGACCUGUUCAGAAAGACCAUGGGACCUGUGAAGAAGGCAAUGGAAGAUGCAGGCUUGGAGAAGCGCCAAAUCGAAGAGAUUGUUCUUGUUGGUGGAAGCACUAGAAUUCCUAAGGUUCAACAGCUCCUUAAGGAUUACUUCGAUGGAAAGGAGCCCAACAAGGGUGUUAACCCGGAUGAAGCCGUUGCUUAUGGUGCUGCAGUACAAGGAGGCAUCUUGAGCGGAGAGGGUGGUGAUGAAACCAAAGAUAUUCUUCUCCUUGAUGUGGCUCCACUCACCCUCGGUAUUGAGACUGUUGGUGGAGUGAUGACCAAGUUGAUUCCUAGAAACACCGUUAUCCCAACCAAAAAGUCUCAAGUUUUCACCACUUAUCAGGAUCAGCAAACCACCGUCUCCAUUCAGGUCUUUGAAGGCGAAAGGAGUCUCACAAAGGACUGUAGGUUGCUUGGGAAGUUUGAUCUUACUGGAAUUCCUCCAGCUCCAAGGGGAACCCCUCAAAUCGAAGUUACAUUUGAAGUCGAUGCUAAUGGUAUAUUGAACGUGAAGGCUGAAGACAAAGGCACGGGUAAAUCAGAGAAGAUCACAAUUACCAACGAUAAGGGUCGUCUAAGCCAGGAGGAGAUCGAGAGAAUGGUUCGUGAGGCCGAAGAAUUCGCAGAGGAAGACAAGAAGGUGAAGGAGAAGAUCGAUGCUCGCAACAGCCUGGAGACUUACGUAUACAACAUGAAAAACCAGAUUAGCGACAAGGAUAAGCUUGCCGACAAGCUUGAAUCUGACGAGAAGGAGAAAGUCGAAAUGGCGUUGAAGGAGGCCCUCGAGUGGCUUGAUGACAACCAGAAUGCCGAGAAGGAAGAUUUUGAGGAGAAGCUCAAGGAGGUUGAGGCUGUUUGCAACCCUAUCAUCACAGCUGUAUAUCAAAGAUCCGGUGGAGGCCCCGGUGGAGCUGCAUCGAACGAAGAAGAAGAUGAUGAUUCACAUGAUGAGCUCUAG